CCUUCUGUUUGAACACUGCCGCAACCACCUUCUCUUACAGGACAUAGUCGAUAUUGGGGUGUCUUUCCUUUGUGAAACUACGUAGCAUCCCAGUAACUUCCUCAUGAUGACCACUGCCAAUGUCUAUGGAGGGCUUUUGCUUGUUUGUUUUACACAUGCGAGCUCUGUCCCUCUCUCUUCUAUCUGUUUUCUAUCUUCUUGGUGUGGCUGUCUUGCUUUGUAUGUGGUCUUUUCGUGUACACGUCGCCUGGACAUGCAACCCGCUUUUUUCUCCUUUGUGUCGUUUCCGAUUUGGUUUUAAUAUCAGCCAUGCGCCACUGGUUUAAUUAGCUUCUUGAGUUUCUGAGUUGAUACAUUCAUACUUGAUUUUAUCUAAGUCCACGG